AUGGUUAGAUCCUCAGACGUUCUCCUUAUCUUGGUAGCCAUUCUUUUCCCCCCAGCAGCUGCGGCAAUUGUUACAGGAUGCAGCUGUGAUUUGCUCAUCAACAUCCUAUUGACCAUCCUUGGAUACAUUCCUGGUCAUAUUCACGCUUUCUGGCUUAUCUACAAGAAGAUGCAGGCUGAAGAGCGUUACGGCAAUGGCGGUUUCGUAUAUGUCGGAAAUGGUCAAUAUCAACCAUUGUAUCAGAACAACGGCCCCGCCCAAGCGCCCUAUUAUGGGGCGACCGUCGGAGAAGGCGAGAAGAAGUUUUAA